CAGGCUCUGGACAUCCCUCCAUCAUGGCUAUAUCUACCAGCUCUAUCCCCCUCAGCUUAUACACGACCAACUUACUAUCUCUGUUUUUGUCCCUUUCCUUCACUUCAAGCACCGAGAAGCGCUCCGGAACGCCCACCAAAAUGAGACGCGAGAAAUCCAUCCCCUUUGCCUGGUACUGGGAAGGCAGACCCCUCCGAGGAAACCAAAUCAGACCAGUCUACACCGGUCCAGCUCCCUAUUCUUCCAGUACACUUGCAAGCUGCUGCCCCAGUCACUCGGCUGCCGAAGCGGUCCAUUCCUGCUCGACAUCGACGUCGAAAGCCCACGAAUGCCCCGAUCAUCAACACGUGGAGACUGACUGCUGUUCCUCCGAGACGUGCUGCGAUAGCGCAGAGGAGGUAGAAACAGACACUUGUUGCUGCUCUGUGUGUUGCGAUAACGAGCAUACUACUGCUACUUCGGCAACCUCGACCUGCGCCCAGCCGUCAGAUUGUUCUUCAUCGUCGUCAUCCUCUACAUCGACAGCAAGCAGCACCCCCUCGACCAUCCAUUACCACGCACAUGCGUAUUUCCGCUACCCCGGCUACGACUGUCCGUCGCAGUCUCCGUAUAUUUCAGAACCAUCUUGCACCUCCGCGUCAUGCCAGAACUACUACUAUCCGCCCGCGCCUGUGCCUACACCUGCACCCGCUGCUCAUACAACCAAGCACCAAUGCCCAGAUUGCCCACCACCAUCUCAAGCCCGACCCAAGAUGAGCCGUAAAACCGACGCAGACACUUGCCACCAGUACCAUCCCAGCAACUACUAUCCGCACUACCCGCACUACCCCCGUACGAAGGCUCGUGCACACUUUGAGGAGCCCUGCGAAGACGGUUCUGACACUGCUACCAUUUCGUCAGAGUGUUCGGAGUCUGUGCAUGGGAAUUGUGAGGAUGCGUGUGAGUGCUGUGGUCCGGCUUGGUGGUAUCGUGAUCAUCCGGCUUUUCGGAAGAGGUGUUAGUUUUCUUUGUUAUGGGAUGUGAGAGGAUUGGUUUGUUUUGCUUUGAGUUAGGUAAAAAGUGUGAAAGAAUGUCAUCUUGC